AUGUUCGAAUAUGCGAUGAAAAUGCAAAAGGAGAUGGAAGCAAUGGAGAAAGCGGGCAAGGUGGCGGGAGCGGCAUCAGGCCCCAGCCCAUUGUCAACGAGUCCGCAGACCGACUCAACGCAAGCCGAUCUGUCCUCGUCGCCAAUGGGAAGCGAUAAAGAUUUACCAAAAAGAAAACGAGAUGAAAACCAGGAAACUUCCCUCUGA